AUGAAAGUCGCCUUUUUAGGACCGGAAGGUACCUAUACCCAUGAGGCGGUAUUACAGCAGUUCGGCAACGAGCCUAAUUUGACAAUACUACCACAAAGCACCAUUGGAGCCUGUUUUGACGUGUUAAAUUCAAGAGACGUUGACUAUGCGGUGGUCCCUUUUGAAAACUCUACGAACGGGCAGGUUGUCUUCACGUAUGACCUCUUACGAGAUUGGUUCAUAAGCGACACUAAAGCCUCAAAACCUCCUUUCAGAAUUGUUGGGGAGCAAUAUGUGGCAAUACAUCAUUAUCUACUAUCGAAAGCAGCAGAUAAAUCGGAGAUAAAAACCAUCUAUUCGCAUCCUCAAGUUUGGGGCCAAGUAACAAAGGCUUUGAAAGUCUUUAAAGACUGUGCAAAGAUCGACGCCAAUUCAACAGCAGAAGCAGCCGAAUUUGUUGUGGAAGAUAGCACUGGAACAAUAGCUUGCAUAAGCUCCAAAAUGUGUGCUCGAUUGAAGAGCUUGCCAAUUUUGGAGGCCGAAAUCGAAGACAAUCCAAGAAACUCUACGCGAUUCUUGAUUCUUGGAUCAUCUGAUUUGAAUGAUCAGCAAGACGAUAAGUCGGAUGACUCCUGUAUUGCCUCCUCCAUUACAUCAAUCAUGUUUACCCUUAAUCACGAUGACCCCGGUGCCUUGAUGGCAGCACUCGAUUCCUUCCGAUUUUACAAAAUCAACCUCACAUCCAUCGCCUCACGUCCAUCCGGAGAGCGUCAAUGGCAGUACGUCUUCUUCGUAGAGGCUGAAGGAAGUAUUCAUAGCGAGAAAAUGAAGCUUGCGACAGGAAAGCUACAUGAGUGCUGCAUGAGUGUGGUUGUUUUGGGGUCUUUCACUCGAUCUUGGAGUUAUCAGACGUAA